CAUUUUCGAGCGAGCUCCUCAAGCAUCCAUCGACCAUCAUGACUAACAACAUUGUUUUAUUAAGCCUGGUAGCCUUGUCUGUUGCCUUCCUGGCAUCCGCCUUCGAGCCUAGUCCAUUGCAAGAUUUUUGUGUAGCUGAUGCCACCACCUCAGCCAGAGUGAAUGGCCAACCAUGCAAGAACCCAUCAUCGGUGGGAGCUGCCGACUUCUCCUUCAGUGGACUCCACAUUCCCGGAAACACCUCAAACCCUAAUGGCUCGAGGGUAACUCCGGUCAGUGUAGCCCAAUUGCCUGGCCUCAACACCCUCGGUAUCUCCAUGGUGCGUAUUGACUACGCACCCUGGGGCAUCAACCCUCCCCAUACUCACCCAAGAGCCACUGAGAUCUUAACGGUAAUUGAGGGAUCACUUCAGGUCGGGUUCGUUACAUCCAAUCCUGGCAACAACCUCAUCACGAAAACCCUUCAGAAGGGUGACGUUUUCGCCUUCCCAAUUGGGCUUGUUCACUUCCAGCGCAAUGUGGGGACUAAAAACGCUGUUGCCAUAGCUGCAUUGAGCAGCCAGAACCCUGGAGUCAUCACCAUUGCUAAUGCGGUUUUUGGGUCAGAGCCCAAAAUUAGUAGCGAUGUUCUCACCAAGGCAUUCCAGGUCGAACCGAGCAUCGUGCAGAAGCUCCAGGCCACCUUUUAGAGAGCUGCGAACUGGCUCAAACCUAAAGUUUAAAGGUUAUUCGCAAUGCGUGGUGUGUUUGGUUGUUUGUAACUUGAUUGUACCAAUUUGAUUUUUAAUUUGUGUGUUG